ACUAGGGGGCGCUGAUGGUAGAAUAUGUCAACAAAUUUGGCGCGCUGUUGCUGCUUGCUUGUUGCUUGUUUGUGAUUCGUGAAAGAAGACACUUCGCUAACGAAAAGUGCUAUUAAACUGAAACAAUUAAACUUUUAGUCAAUUACCAUGGAUGUAGCAGAUGCGCAUGUUGGACAGCUUCGUGUUCGCGAUGAGGUGGGAGUGCGAUGCCAGAAAUUGUUCCUGGAUUUCCUCGAAGAGUUCAAGGAGGAUGGCGAGAUCAAGUAUCUGAAAACCGUGGUGGAUCUGGUGAAUCCUGACCGAUCUACGCUGGAGGUCAGUUUCGAAGAUCUGGAGAAGUACAACGAAACAUUGGCUACUGCGAUCAUUGAGGAGUAUUAUCGCAUCUUUCCCUAUCUGUGCCAAUCCGUUUCACAUUUUGUGCGCGAUCGGACAGAAUUGAAAAAGGCCAAAGAAUGCUACGUAUCGUUUGUCGAUGUACCUACGCGCCACAAGGUUCGUGAGCUCGGCACUUCCAAGAUUGGAACGCUGAUUCGCAUCUCUGGCCAGGUGGUACGCACGCACCCGGUCCAUCCCGAGCUGGUGUCAGGCACAUUCGUGUGUCUGGAUUGUCAGACGGAAAUCCGCGACGUAGAGCAGCAAUUUAAGUUCACGAAUCCAACUAUCUGCCGCAAUCCCGUGUGCGCCAAUCGCCGCCGUUUCAUGCUGGAAGUGGACAAAUCAUUGUUCAUUGAUUUUCAAAAGGUUCGCAUACAGGAGACGCAAGCGGAAUUGCCUCGCGGGUGUAUACCGCGUUCGGUAGAGGUGAUUUUGCGUGCAGAAAUGGUGGAAACUGUACAGGCGGGAGAUCGGUACGAUUUUACUGGAACGCUGAUCGUCAUACCGGAUGUGGGAGCACUGCAGCUGCCCGGAGCAAAGGCCGAGAUUGGGUCUCGGCACAAGCAGGGUGAUAAUGCCGCCGAAGGUGUGCGCGGGCUGAAGGCGCUGGGUGUGCGAGACUUGAACUACAAGAUGGCUUUCCUAGCCUGCUCGGUGCAAGUGACAUCCUCCCGCUUCGGUGGUACCGACUUGCCGAUGAGCGAAGUAACGUCGGAAGACAUGAAGAAGCACAUGACCGAUGCGGAAUGGUCAAAGGUGUACGAAAUGUCGCGCGAUCCCAGGCUGUACUCACACUUGAUCAACAGCCUGUUCCCAUCGAUCUACGGAAACGACGAGGUGAAACGGGGAAUUCUGCUGAUGCUGUUCGGAGGGGUCGCCAAAACUACGCAAGAGAAAACGACUCUUCGUGGUGACAUCAACGUGUGCAUUGUGGGCGAUCCAAGUACGGCAAAAUCGCAGUUCCUGAAGCAAGUGUCCGAUUUUUCUCCGCGUGCAGUUUAUACGUCGGGAAAAGCGUCGUCUGCUGCCGGUUUGACGGCGGCCGUAGUACGAGAUGAGGAAAGUUUCGAUUUUGUCAUCGAAGCCGGAGCACUUAUGCUGGCGGACAAUGGCAUUUGCUGUAUCGAUGAGUUCGACAAGAUGGACCCGCACGACCAGGUUGCGAUUCACGAGGCCAUGGAACAGCAAACGAUUUCCAUUGCCAAAGCGGGCGUGCGAGCCACACUGAAUGCCCGUACCUCGAUUUUGGCCGCUGCCAAUCCAAUCGGUGGCAGAUACGAUCGGUCGAAAUCGCUGCAGCAAAACAUUCAGCUGACGGCUCCGAUUAUGUCGCGUUUCGAUCUGUUUUUCAUUCUGGUAGACGAAUGCAACGAGGUGGUCGAUUAUGCUAUCGCAAGAAAGAUUGUAGACCUUCACUCGCAUAUCGAAAACCGCGUUGAGCAGGUGUACUCGCGUGAGGAUGUGCUGCGGUACAUAAUGUUUGCUCGGCAGUUCAAGCCCGUAAUCAAACCGGAAGCGAUGGAGCUGCUGGUUGAAAACUACGGACACUUGCGACAGCGCGACACUGGAACGACUGGCAAGAGCACCUGGCGAAUUACUGUCCGGCAGCUGGAAAGUAUGAUUCGGCUGAGUGAAGCGAUGGCCAAAAUGGAAUGCAGUGAGGUGGUGACGGAACAGCACGUGAAAGAAGCCUACCGAUUGCUGAACAAGUCGAUCAUCCGAGUCGAGCAGCCGGACAUACACCUCGACGAUGAGGAAGGAGAGGAAGGCGAAAACAUUAUGGACACUGGUGAGAGUACACCAGGAGACACGCAGGAAGAUACACAAGGAACGAACGGAACGGGAGAAAACGGGCACGACGAAGUGCACGUCACGAAGAAGAAGCUGACACUUUCUUUCGAGGAGUACAAAAAUCUGUCCAACAUGUUGGUGAUUCACAUGCGCAACGAGGAGAGUCGCUUUGAGUCGGAAGAGCUCGAGCAGGAGGGAAUCAGCAAAACGCAGCUAAUCAACUGGUACCUUGGACAGGUUGAGGAUCAGCUGGAAUCGGUGGAGGAACUGACGGAGCGCAAGAUUUUGAUCGAAAAGGUGAUCGAUCGAUUGAUUUAUCAUGAUCAAGUAAUCAUACCACUAAAGAAGUCCGGACUCGAUGAAAAGGGACCGUCCGAGGACGAAGAUGUGCUGCUGGUGGUUCACCCUAACUACAUUGUGGAAAGCUAAUUUCAUGAGCCUCGACGCAUCGGUUUGUCCAUCAACAUUCUCUCUUAGUUUAGCGUUUUCUAGUAAGUAAGAGCGUGUUUCAUUUUGCUUUUUUAUACCAUAUGAACAAUAAAACUUAACAAUUAUGCCAGUAAGUUAA